AUGCUCAUCGGCACUGUGCGCAUCGGCACUGUGCGCAUCGGCACUGUGCGCAUCGGCACUGUACGCAUCGGCACUGUACGCAUCGGCACUGUGCGCAUCGGCACUGUGCGCAUCGGCACUGUGCGCAUCGGCACUGUGCGCAUCGGCACUGUGCGCAUCGGCACUGUGCGCAUCGGCACUGUACGCAUCGGCACUGUACGCAUCGGCACUGUACGCAUCGGCACUGUACGCAUCGGCACUGUGCGCAUCGGCACUGUGCGCAUCGGCACUGUGCGCAUCGGCACUGUACGCAUCGGCACUGUACGCAUCGGCACUGUACGCAUCGGCACUGUACGCAUCGGCACUGUACGCAUCGGCACUGUACGCAUCGGCACUGUGCGCAUCGGCACUGUGCGCAUCGGCACUGUGCGCAUCGGCACUGUGCGCAUCGGCACUGUACGCAUCGGCACUGUGCGCAUCGGCACUGUGCGCAUCGGCACUGUACGCAUCGGCACUGUACGCAUCGGCACUGUACGCAUCGGCACUGUGCGCAUCGGGGGAGAAAGUAAAGGGAGAAGGGGUUGGGAAAGUUAG